AUGUCAACGCGGACGUACUGCGUCAUUCCACAUGAGGCGCGUCAAGACACCUCCUUCUUCCAGGGGGUUUUUGAAGAUGGGGUUCGGGUGCUCUACCGCGGCCGCCUACAGUCCCUCGUAUUUUCUCACGUGUUGAGCCCUGCGCAUGAUUACGUGAAGCACAUCAAUGGCCCGCUUCUCGCUACGCUGCGCGAUGGCAACAACGCCACUCUCAUCCUGGCGAUACCGAACUCCGAAGAUGUGGUACUGUCACCUAAGUCGACGGCGUCGGGGGUGAGGGGCCCCACAUCGCAGGCCCAGGCAGAUGCAGCAACGGCCCCAUCGCGUGUGCCGCCAUUGUCAUCGUCGUCUCAGAAGCUAAACACCGGGUCAGCAGAGGCAACAGCGGUGGCCAUGGAGCUUUACGCUAACCUUUUCCCAUUGCUCUUUCGGAAUCUCGAGUGCUGUUCAGCAGCCCUGCUCUCCGUGGUGACGGUAUCCGCGUCGGAGCGUAUACUGCUGGACAACCUCCGCGAAGAUCGCCACAUUCGCACUCUUGAGGAAGCACACAAAGUGAACCUGACUCGCAGCACCUCGGCAACGGAGUGGGGUACGCUCUUGCAGCUUCUCGAGGACCGCCAUGCCGCGUUGCAGGAGUCGCCGACAUCGCUCGAGGGGCAGACGGCUUGUGUGGUUACGGUGGAGCUGCAGGGAUAUGGUCGACUCGUUGUUGUCGACGCGGCCAGCGCGCAGGAUCUGCUGCAGCAACUGACGCUCGUUCUUCACAUGCGGGCGGACGGUGCAGCUCGUACCUACCCUCCACACACUCCCAUCCGAGAUCUUUUAGAAAGGAAUGUCGCUCCGCAGGCAACGGUGCAGGUGCUUAUUGUGCCAGCACCGCAGGAUACGGUGCGACAAACAAUGCGCGUUCUUCAUUUUGCUGCUACAGUGGAGGCGGCGCAGAACUGCGGGGCUACUGCGGUGAUGGAUGAAGAAUCAGGGUCAAUGGCGUCUAAUUCCAGGCCUCCGCGCAGGCGAGCAGUGCAAUUGUCGCCUGCACCGUCGAAGCUCUUCUCGAGACCGAGAGCGUCACCGACUCCUUUGGCUGUGGAUGCGAGCCCCACCCGCAACAAAGGCGCCGACUCUAGUCCUCAGCCUGUUGUGACGCCGGCUGCCUUGCACCUAGACGUAGACGAAUCAAGCAGAAGCGACAGCAGUUGUUAUAACGCUGAUAUCGUUCGCGAUCGGACACCAGCUCAAUUGCCGCCGCCGAGUGUGCAGCUCGAUAGAGACCGUCAACGAGCGCGAGAGCAGCAUUUCCUCAAGCGCAUCGCGGUCCUCGAAGAACAGCUCCGCAGCUCAGAGGACCAGUGCCACCGCGCACAGAUUACCCGCGACCAAGCACUUGAAGAGCGCAACGGUUUUGAGCGCGAACUUCGCGGCAAGACAAGCCUCUGGACGGACCUGCAGCGUGCUCAUCAAACGACGAAGAAGGAGAACGCAGACUACGCGCAACUGGUCGAGCGGCUCGUGCGGCAGGUCCGUACACUGGAGCGGGAUGCAACGCGGCAGAAGCGGCAGGGCUCCAUGGUUGUGAAGCAGCUACGGGAGGCCGAGACGGAGAAGGAGACGCUGAUGCUGCAGCUGACAGGGCUUCGCAAAGAGGUGAUGCUUUUCCGCAAGGACGCCAUCUGGCGUGCACGGGAGGCAACGCUGUCACGCAUCGUGCCAGGUGAGGCGUCCGUGCCGGAGCCUCGAGCUGCAGCGCAGCGACAGUCUUCGCAGUCCCGACCCGCGCACCAGCCGGGGCCUCGGUCAGUCUCUUUCACAUCUACGAGCGGUGUGGGACUGCACUCCCCUCGUGCACGGCGCAUCUAUGAGAGGCCUAGUAAUACGGAAGGUUUCUCAGAGAGCACGAACGGUGAUGCCCCCUCCCUCGCACAGGAAGAGCGAGGUCGCUUGACGACAAUCACGAUGGACGAGCUUCGCUGGCGGAACCGUCACCUGGAGCAAGAGGUGAAUCGGCUGCAGGAGCGCCUGCUGGCGACUUUCACGGCAACAGCGAAGCGAGACACGACUAGAGACGCUUCAAGUGGCUCGAUGUCAGAUGUGCGCUGCUAUGGAGGCUGCCCGAUGUGUGAUGUGAUGCAGGAGCGCAUAGAAUACUUUCAAACGGAGCUGGCUCAUGUACGCGAGGAAAAAGAGGCGUUGGUACGCCUCAUGUCUACGUCUUCUGCCUCUUUCCCGCCUCGCAAUACAAAGACUCCUAUUUCCGCGAACCUGGAGCGAAGCUGCAGCAGGGUAAUGCACUCACCUCCACGUUCUUCCGAGGUGAGGCGCGACGGUAGCGAAGAGGAUGGCGUCACCCCGAGUAGUCGCAGUACGCCCCACCCAGCGAAGUCGAGCUUCAGCGGCUGCACUCUACGCGUCGCUGCUGCUCUAGUUACUGGCUGCUCGUCUCUGGAGGCCCAGCUUGCGUGUGCACAGAUGGCAUUGUCAUGUAGGUUACGCAGCGACACAUCGGCAAGCGCGCAGGGCAACAGUGAGCUUUUCGACCCUCUCUCACAGCUGUCUCCUCUCGUUCUUCAAGAGCAUCAAGAGGCUGUGGCUGCCCUCGCAGACUCGCUGCGGCACAUUGCCGAGAAACCGGCUUCCCGCCCAGCUGCCACCGGCCCUACCGCCUUUCCCGCUUCUUCACGAGAUACUGCAGCAGCAGCGCGGUGGUUGUUACCGCCCAUCCCCCGCUGCGCCACCGCGGCGGACGUCGACACGCUGACGAACUACCUUUCCUUUGAGAUGGAGCGUUGUCAGCACCUCCGCGCCUUUAUUCCAACCUUUGCACAGCUGGCGGUUGCGACGGAGCACCUCACCAUGCGUCUUGAGGCGACCGAUGCUAAAUCGAACUGA